AUUCAUUGAGCAAUGAAGAUAAGUAAAAAAUUAUUCGUGACUAUUUUCAUAGUAUUGUCUUAUGUGAUAAUAUUUGGAAUAAUUGCAAAAUUAACAAACGAUGAUCUUGAGUGUUUUGAACAUAAUUCUGCAUGCUUUCGGUUUUGCUCAGAUAAUUCUGUAGAUUAUUCUGACGAAUAUUUGUUAACUGAAUUUAAUAAAAGUAAAUCUGCGAAUGGAUUAAAAUUCGAUAAUUUAAAAGUUUAUCGUGGGAGUCCAACUUUAUGCGGUGAAAUGGAAUUUUUGCGUCCUAAUGACAAUAUUACUUCAGAAAAUAAACCUUAUAGUAUUUAUCGUGGAUCCAUCUACAUUAAAAAUGAAUUAUACGACUUUCGAAGGUAUUGUUUGGAAAAAUCUGAUUAUGCAAUUGAUGGCUGGAAGUUAAUGAUUUGCGCUCAAUCUGAUCAAAUUCAUAGAAUAAUUCACUUUAUCACCACUUCUAUUUCUGUAUUAUUAAUUACACUUACGCUAUUCGUGUACAUUUAUUUUAAUGAAUUGAGAGAUUUUCAUGGAAAAUGUGCAAUUCCACUUGUUGGAAAUCAAAUUGUUACAUACAUUUUGAGUACAGCUGUAGAUUUGUACAGUUUUUAUUAUGAUGAUGACGAUGAUGAAAUUCUUUAUUCAAUAUUGAAGCUUUCACUGAUACACACUUUACUGUGGAUUACUGUCAUGCUCGUUCACUCGCUACUCACAUUUUUAAACUAUAAGAAUCGAACAAAAGCAUCUAUUGUUUGUUCAACUUAUGCUGUUUAUGUCAUUGCCUGUAUGAUCAUAUCAGCUAUUGUACUGCUUCCACCUUUUUUUAAACAUAAAUACAGAACUUUAUACACAAUAUGCUUCAUUAUCAGUUGUCUUGAUGUGAUCUUUGUUAUCAUAACAGGAUUCAAUGUGUUUGUCCUUUCACGGCAACAAGAUCAAUCUACUCAAGCUAUAUUUAAAUACGAAAGGAAAUGGUUUUGGACUUCAGUUCAACUUGAUUUAAUUUUUGUUUUGACAUGGAUGAUAAAAUUUUAUUUCCAAUUUAUUAAAUAUAAAUUUCUAGUUUUUAUUUCUAUAGAUUUUUUAAUGUUAUUAUCUGCAAUAACAGUUACUAUAAUUUUCUUAGGAAGGAACAAAGUUAAAAUUUUGAUAUUUGCAAAAUUUAAUGAUUCAAAAAAUAAGAACUUUAAUAUCUAGGCAAUAGUUUAAAGAUAAUUUAUAUUCCUUAACUACUCAAUUCAUACUUUAUAUCAAUUCUAAUGCAAUGACAAUGAUUAUGUUGUGACUUAUCAAAACUUAUUAUUUCUGCAGAAUCAACCUAAGAACAAAAUCUGAAUAAAAAAUGAUUUUGAUAUUAAUUCUGAUUGUUAAUCAUUCCCUUUUUGUCAAAUUCAAAUCAAAUUGAUGUGUGGAGAUUUUUAGAAUUCGGAAAAAAACAUUGCUUUCAGCAUAAACCGAAUAAAUUCCAAAUUGUAUCUAAAUUCAAACAAUGUCGUCGCAAAUAUCAUUAAGGAAAUUGUUAUUGUAAAUAGAUACAUCUUAUUUUAAAACAAUAUUCUAGAUAAGCCAAACAUGAUGUUUCCACUUCAAGUGAUCUUUUGUGAUUCCGACACAUGUUUCGUGUUCAAGAAUAUCAUCAACUUUUCAUUUCUCCUUUUUUUUAAAUGCACAAAAAUUGUUGACUUUUUUCCCUUUUCCGUUAUUCAAUACUUACUAUUUAUUGGACGACAUAAUCAAAUAUUUACAUAGGAGUAGAGACAUCGUAAGUGCCUGAAAAUGCACAUUUUCUUUUGCUCCAUACUGAAUGGAAUGGCACAAGCUUAUGAAAUAACAUAUAACAAAAACAUAUUCACAACUUGAUUUCUUGUAAUAUUUUUUAAAUAUUUUCAUUUUUAUGAUGACCAAUAUUCGAAGUGACCUUCUGAGAAAUUUUCGAUUUUAAGAAACUUACUUAAAAAUCUUUCUAGUUUUUUUUAAAAAGAAAUGCAUAAGAAAUUGAAAUAACAAAAGGGUUGCAAAAUUAGAAGAAAGAGUAUUAGAAAAAUGCAUAAAGACGAAAUUUGCAUUUUCAUGCUUCUUAUUUCUCUCGGACAUUUCUCAAUUUUGUGUCUAUGGACAAACAUGACAAAUGACAUCAACAUAAUGCAAUGCGUAUGCAUUCAUGAAUAAUGCAAUUUUUAUGAAAAUUAUUUUCUAAUUGAUUAUCAUCGGUCAAAGUUUUAUUUUAGUGCCGUUAGAAUUGAUUUUUGAGGCAAUUAAGCUAUAGAAAGUGAAAUGUUGUAACUGUUUAUUGGUAAUGUUGGAUUACGACAUAUCGACAACUUGUUACAAUAUUUCGCAACUUGAAUGACUUGUUUGUCAUUACGAGUUUUAUGUUGGAUUAUUACUCAUCAAAUUAUAGUAUUGUUGCUUUAUCUUUUGUAUCGAAUCUAGUUGCAAUGAUUGCCUAAUUGGUUAUUUUACUAGUCGUUUAGAUCAAAUGAAAUCAAUGGCUGUUUUAAAUUAUCAACUUAAUUUAUAUCUAUAGCUCGCUUCUGGGUUCUGUCUGCUAAUCAUUAAUAUCAUCAGAAUACAAUCAUUAUUUACAGCCUUGUUUCAUGAGUUUUACAGUUUUAAACAAGUUUUAAAUCUACAAACUUAAACUAAACCUUUACAUUUAGAUCUGUUUUAUACUUUAUUAAGUCAAAUCCUUUUGAAUUGUGGUUUUUGACAAGAAUCAGAAAUCUGAAACUGAAUGAUCAAUUCUUAAGUAUCGAAUAGCUAUUACUACAUUCAAAGCAAUAACUUAAAACUUACAAAUUACAAUAAGAAUCAGUGAGCAUUAAUUUAUUGUAUUAAAUCCCUAGCAGAAAUUUACUAGUAAUUUCCUAGUAAUUCACUUGAUAACUUUCCAUUUGCUACUUGCUAUUUACUAGUCAAAAUCCAAGUUCAAAUCAUCGCCAAAGACCCGCAUUUUCACUUGCUCAUUGACUAGUCAAUUCGCUUACAAUUUAACUAGUAAUUUACUAGCAAAUUUGUAAAAAAUUUAAAUGAAUAUAACCGUUGAUUUCCACGUGUUUUUUUGAUUUUUCUUAAUUGUGUAAAUUAUUGUAAAAGUAUUAGUGUGUACUUAUUUAAAGUUAAUUAAAGUACACUAACACUAUGAAUGAAAAGACUUAAUUUAAUUAAGUCGAAUAGUGAUGAACGCCCAUGACUCGCACGCAAACCUGAGGAAGAUAAAUAAUUAAUUGAAGGCACAUACAAAUUUGGAUCGACCUUAUAAAGGUGAUUUCUGCGCGCUCUUGUGAAGUAUAUGGCAAAUGCCAAAUUUAGAACAAAAUUUUUUAUGACGCAAAAAAUUCUUUUUUUGAUGAUUUUUCGUAAGAUUCGAACUUAAGCAGAUUUGAUCAAACAUUUUACAUGGUAAUUUGCUAGUAAUUUGCUAGUAAAUAGCAAGUGUAAUUUAUUAACAGUAAGUUGUUUUGAUAAUAACUAGUAAAUUGCAAGUUGUAGAAUAGAAAGACUAGCAAUUUGCUAGUUAGUCUCGCUAGGGAAUGAAUAUUCAAAAGGCGAAAUCGAGUGAGUUUUUUUUUUGAUUUUAAUAAAAACAACUUUGACCGAAUGAUUCUUCAAACCUUAUUUAGUUUUGCUUUCUGGUUCAAAGCUCGAAGAUCGAAACACAAAAGAGAUCAAUGAUUAAACUACUGAGAACUUGAAUCAAUCAAGACACUUGAAUCUUAUUCAUAAUAAUGAACGUUUUCAUUAGUUUCUAACUUUGAAGCAAUAAAAUUUUCAUUUAAAUCUUCAUUACUGCAAUAAUAAAACCCAAUAGAAUUGGCUGGAUUAUUAAAUACAAAAUUUAAGGUUGUCAACAAAUCAAGCAAUCAGAUUUCCUGAGAAUUCAAACCAUUCUUUUUUUUUUACCUUCCUCACAAAAGUGUGCCAACGCGAGUGAGCAGCAGCAAAAAAAGAAGAGAAUCAAAACUUAAAAUCAAUUGUCAGAAACUUGCCAGCCCAAACACUUUAUGUCAACUUACAGAAAUCCAAUAUUCCUCUUAUUUCAUUUUCAUUUUGCUCUAUUAUUAAUACUUUUGCAAUAAUAGAGAAAUAGAAGGGAUGAAUAUUUUGUCAGAAGAUUAUGAAGAAAUGUGGAUUAAAUGCUUUUUUUUCUUCUCACACUUCUUACAAUUCUUAUUGCCUUAUUUCUUAGUCUCCCCUUUUGAUUCAUGCAAGUAAAAAUUAAAGAAAGUUUUUUUCAAAGUAUCAUCAUUCUGAUGAAGUAAUAACAGAUAAAAAUAUUAUGAAGCAUGUGUUCUUUUUGAAGCUUAUCCUUUACUAUGUCAGCCAUAAUCCUUUUACCUAAAAAAAUCUUUUUUUAAGGUCAAGAACUUAGUAGGCUGGAAAACGAUCGUGCAUUCAAAUUUCAUAAUCCGAUGUGAUAAUUUUUUUAGUUUUUUUUUUGUACUCUUUUCUUUUUUCAUUGAGAAAUUUUGUGAAAGAAAUAUUUUUUAGCCUCAAAACUUUAUGCAUGAGAAAGUUUUUAAUUUCAUUGAAAUGAAGAUGGGUUUGUCGAUAUAUCUGUUAAUUCAUAAUUUUUUCGGUCUGUUUUAAAAGUUUCUGGAGCGGCAAAUUUUUUAAUUUUUCUACAAUUUUAUGAAUGGACGGAAGGAUUAUAACUGAUAGUGAGUUGUAAAUUGCUCAUUUGAUUGUGCCGUAUGAUGUUAAUUUGAAGAACUUGUAAGUUCUUGUAACUCUAUCAUUAGGUUCGAAGAUAUUUAAGAUGCUAUGCUAGCUGUUUUGAAGCUUCAAUUCUCCAAAAUUAACUACUUAAUAGUUCAAGAUAGAUUCAACGUUAAAUCGCACUAUUUAAAGAUCAAGAGACAUUAUUAUUAUUAUCAGUAUCAACUGAAUAUUGAUCAUAUUUGCUAAAGCUAGAAUUGGGAUGGUACAACCGAUCAUCGGCAUUGUUAUAAGCAAAACCCUACAUUACGUUCUAUUCUAUUUUGAUGACUGGACAAUAAUAUGAAGAAAUACUUAAUCUACAAUUUACAAAAUCCAAGAUUUGAGUCAAAUCUAAUGUAGCUUUAAAACUCUUUAACAAAAUUUAGAAUGUGCUGGGAGUCCUCGGUUUUAAAGAUGUUUAAUUCUAGAAAAACCCUCCUCAAAUUGAAACUAUAAUUCCAAACAAAUUGUUUACAUUUUGCAGAAAAAGUUUUCUUUAAGAUUUCAAUUUAAUUUCAAUUGCUUCAAUUUAAAACCGAUAAAAUAGAAUUUACUCAAAUAAUAAAUUUACAAUAAAAUUAAGCAUUUCAAUUUGAGUUUAUUGAAGUUAAAAUUCUUUGAAAUCAAUCCAAUUGAAGAUUUCAAUACCGUUAAAAUAGAAUUACUACAAAAAUGUUUAUCUUACCUUAGUUUAAUUUGAAGAUCUUAGCUUUAAUUUCUUUUUAUAAAUUCCAAAUUAUUGCCAGUUCCCUGAUUAAACUUAAUUUUUGCUUUCAUUUUAAAACUUUCAAUUUUCACUUUUCAUUUCGAUUUAAUAAAACCAAUUCAUUGAAAAUAUUGCAAGCCUACUUCGAUUAACAAUAUUAAAUUCUCAACUCCUUUGCACAAAUAUUUCAGCAAUGAAUUUCCAUUGCAUGACCCUUAUGGAAUGAGGAAAUGAUGAAUAAUCAGACGUCAUCUUCUUUUUUCAACCCUUCUCAUAAUCCACACAUGAAAGUAGGAAAAGAAUUAUUUUCACCCUCGCAUUUAAUCCAAAUAAUGCUCAAUGGCAGACAACAGAAUAAUCAAACAAAUGUGGAAGGAUAGUUUGUUCCAUUUUAUGAUGAUGAUAAAUUUAAUUGCAAUUCUUCCAUUAUUUUCCUUUAUGUGGCUUCUUCCUGUGUAACUACAAAAUAUUGUGAUAUUGAUUACAGAUGACAUGAAAAUUACAUGUGUCCCAAAGUAAUAUCUGAAUCAUCAUCUUUAAAUUGCCGAAACAAAAAAAAAAAAAGAAUAGAACAAGAAGGUAAAGGACAUGAUUCGGUGAAUUGAAGAGCAAAUAUACACAAUUUUAAGGUAAAAAUAUUUUAUUUUUUGUGUGACAGCAAAAAAAAAUCUUAAAUAAGUUGUAAAUUCAUAGAAAUUUAUGACAUAUUGCCAAUGGUCAAUUCAGUUUUCAUAGAGGAUUAAGUGGGUGUAUUUAUCAGUGAUGUGAGUAAUGAGGGAAAAUGGUCAGUUGGUUGAAGAUGAAGAUUUUGAAACUAUUCGGACAUUGCUUUGUAGUUUAAAACAGUUUAAAACUUCAGUUUCAAGUCACUGC